GGAGCGAGCUGGAGUCUGUGAAGCUGCGCCGCCACUGAAGCAUUCAAAAUGCGCAGGUAUAUCGCUCUCCCCAUCCUCCUCCGCCGUAUCUCUUCUUCAACAACAACUUCCCAACCUUACCUUAUCAACUCCAAAUCUCACCUCCUGCCACCGCGGCCUGAUCUCUUUUCUUUCUCCUCCGCGGCUUUCAGAGAGAAUGCGCCCUUUUAUCUUUGUUCCUCAACAUUCAGGUCAUUUUCAUCUGAAGCUGCUGAUAAGCAUACCGCCGCCGGCCCCAAUGCUGAAGAAAGCAAAGAGGAAGCCACGUCGCGGCUUCUCUCCGCUGAGCUUCUCAAAGAUCCAGAGGUAGAAACUCUCCCUGUCCUGCAAAGACUCGACCUCUCCUUCUCCCACGUCACUCUCUCGCAUCCGUUGAUCCUGGCAACCCUCAAUGGCUGCCCUGAUGCCGGCCGGCCGGUGCUUGGAUUUCUCGAUUGGAUCAAAUCGAGGCCUAAUUUCGAGUUAGAUGACAGAGUUUACUCUUACAUUGUGGAUUAUUUGGGCAGGAAAAAGAAUUUCAAGGCAGCGCAUGACGUGCUAGUGGGAGGCCGUGGUGUUAUUGGGACUAAAACCCUAGAAUCCAUGGUUGAUCGACUGGUCCGGGCAGGGAGACCCAGCCAGACAGUCUCAUUCUUUGAGAAAUGUGAGAAAGAAUACGGGUUCACUAGGAACCUGGAUUCCCUUAAACUGGUAGUUACAAAGCUCUGUGAACAUGGUUUUCCUAGUUAUGCUGAGAAAAUGGUGAAAAGUUUAGCUAGUGAGUUUUUCCCUGAUCAAUAUGUUUGUGAUAUGUUAAUUAAGGGAUGGUGUGUUGAUCAGAAACUUGAUGAGGCACAAAGAUUAGCUGCUGAGAUGUAUAGGGGAGGAUUUGAGAUUGGCACUUAUGCCUAUAAUGCAAUUCUUGAUUGUGUUUGUAAGCUUUGCAGGAAAAAGGAUCCUUUCCGGCUUCAACCUGAGGUGGAUAAGUUGUUAUUAGAAAUGGAACAGAAGGGUGUCCCACGAGAUGUGGAGACGUUCAAUGUGUUGAUUUCUAAUUUGUGUAAGAUUAGACAAACUCAUGCCGCAAUGGGGUUGUUCUGUGAGAUGGAGCGGGAAUGGGGUUGUAAUCCAAACGCCACCACAUUUAUCACACUCAUUAGGAGUUUAUAUCAGGCUGCAAGGGUCGGAGAGGGGGAUGAAAUGAUCGACAGGAUGAAGUCUGCAGGGUAUGGAGACGCACUUGAUACGAAGACAUAUUAUGGAUUUCUGAAAAUAUUAUGUGGCAUUGAGAGGAUUGAUCAUGCUGUGGCUGUUUUCAAAAAGAUGAAACAAGAUGGUUGCAAACCGGGGAGCAAAACAUAUGACUUAUUGAUGGGAAGGUUAGUUGCUCAUGGCCGUGUGGACAAGGCAAAUGCACUUUCCAAAGAGGCAGCGAGCAAUGGGGUGGCAGUUGAAGUGAAGGCCUAUAAGUUGGACCCUAGGCUUGCAAAGAAGAAACCUGCUGCUGCCACUGCUACUAAGGAGAAGAAGAAACGGAGGGAGACUUUGCCUGAGAAGAUGGCUAGGAAGAGGAGAACUCUUAAGAAAAUCCGGCUUAGUUAUGUCAAGAAGCCCAAAGGAUUGCGACGUGCUCUUUGAUUAAUUUCCGAGAUAAUGUUUUCAUUUAGGUUGAAUAAUCUAAAAUCCUAUUGCCUACUUUAAAUCCCUGGUUUUGUUUCUUAUAGCUUAUUGCUUGUGCAUCUGUUCUAUUUGCAACAUUAAAAAUAAAGUUCAGCUCAAACACACACACACACACACAUAUACAUUGGAUAAAUUAAAAGAUUUAAUGUGAGAAAUGAGAAAUGAUAUAAUGUAUUGAGAUCUAAUGACUCUCAAAGUCUCCAACUUUUUUUUUAAUCCAAAGUUCUCUAUUUGAUAACAGAAUUAAUUAAUAAGACUAAUAACCUGAAAACAGGAAUUUCAAACGGUUUCUAAAUAAAAGCACAUAAAAUUCUACAUAUAAAAUUCAAUACAAACUAAGAUAAGGUUAUACACGUAUUCAAAUUUCAAAUGUGUAGGUAGCUGAAACUAUUUUCCAGUACAUAACAUUUAUGACUGUUGAUGAGCUGAGGCAAAGAAGAGUUAAUGUAGAUGCUGUGUGUUCUGUUCGUAAUGGGAAUGCUGAAUCAGUUUUUCAUUUGUUCUAUGCGUGUGAAAAGGUAAAGUUGGUGUGGCAGCUUCUGGGAAAUUGUUUUCAGUUUAGUGCAGGUUUUUUUGAGUGAGUAAAAGCUGUAUUUUCCUGGUUUGGGAGAGAGGCCUGCUGCAACUUCAUUAUGGAAUGUAAGGAAUCAAGAGGUGUGGAAAGGAGUGGCAUUUGAUAAAUAAGGAUGGACGCUUUAUAGUAUGAAGGCGUCUUGGACACUGAUGGAAGCGGAAGCUUUGGGGCUUCGGUCAGCGACUCAAGUAGCAUUGGAAAGGGGCCUGAAUCGUGUGAUAUUUGUGAUUGACGGACGCUAUGUUGGUGGUUUUAGGUGUUCAGGCUGAUAGAAGAGAUUCUGAUGGGAAAGUGGAAGCUAUGGAAAUAGAUGGGAAUAAGAUGACUGAUGAUCUCAGGAUUUGUUGUUGCGGAGCAGAAUGUGAGAGAUGCUCUUGGAGGGGCAUUGAUAAUGUCGGUCUCCCAAGUUGGAGAUGCUUAGCCUUUGGAGGUUAAGCCCUUUUCAUCCUUUCGUAUACUAAGCAAUGUUUGGAAUGUAUAGAAAAUGGCUGGAGAAGAAAAAACUGCUAAAGAAAAUGGACUAGUGUUUUUUUAAUCUUUGGGGUAAAACUUGCAACAUACGAAGGCAAAAAAUCAAAUAGUUUUUUUUUUUUUAAAUUUAUACUCUCUCCGUUUCUGAAACAAGUUCCACCUUUCCUUUUCGGGCAGAUUCAAAAUUAAGUUCCACUUUCAAACAUUUCUUCAUUUGGCAACUUAUCUACAUCAAAACAGUGUCAAAUAGUGUCAAACAGUGUUCAAACAGUGUCAAACAGUGUUCAAACAG